GCUUCAUUGUUGGUCUGUAUUUUCCAGACCUUGACCUGAAUUAUUCUCAGAAACUCUCUGAAGUCGGGAUUCUGAAAUUGUUGUUUUAUUUUCAGUUGGGUAAUUGAAGUUUAGUAAAUUAAUUAAAAGGUUACCCAAUAAUUGGUCACCGAGAUGAACUUGAACAACUGCAGUCGCGUCUUCGCUCUGGCCGUUUCUCCGGCCUGCAGAACUGCGUUGCCUUUCUCUGCGGCUCUACAAUCCAUGAGCGGCUUCACCAACUCAGCCCUGGGAGCUCAACUGUUACGUCACUUCUCGUCUCUCCGCUUCAACAGAAACCUCGAGUUCUUCACACCAGCAGUAAAACCCAUCGUCACACCCGACGUCAAGGGAUCGUUUCGACUGCAGGAGAGCAGUCAUGGCCGACCGCUGACGGUGUUGCUGAGCUGGCUGAUGAGCAGAGACAGUCAUAUGAAGAAGUUCGUGAAAUUCUACACUGACCUUGGCUUUGACGUCUUGAAGAUAAGAAUAUCACCAUUUGACCUCAUCAGACCUGUCAAAGGCACCCAGAUUGUUGUGGAUCAAAUGCUGCAGUUUUUGGAGAGCAACCCAUCCUCCAGCCCUGUCUUAGUGCACGGCUUCAGCGUGGGGGCGUACAUCUUCGGUGAAGGCAUGUUAAAGAUGGCCAACGACGUGCAGCGGUAUGGUCCUUUGAUGGAUCGUUUCGUGGGACAAAUUUGGGACAGUCCCGUGGAUGUGGAGGGCAUCCCCAGCGGCGUUGCUAAAGCCAUCACCGCAAACAAGCUUCUGCAGAGUUCCAUUCAGUCGUACCUUGAAUGGUUCCUGCGCACCCAGUAUGACAACGCGACGAUUCACUACAUACGGUCGGCGCAGAAGUUCCACGAGUGCUACGUGCGGCGUCCUGCCCUUUUUCUGCUCUCGAAGGCCGACCCCGUCGCCACCAUCGAGAUGAAUGCCGUCGUCUACGAGAAAUGGGAGAAAUACAACGUCCCUGUUUUCGUGAAGAUAUUCGAGAAGUCGCCGCACGUGAGCCACUAUUACCGCUACAAGGAAGCCUAUGUAGAGGAGGUGCUGACCUUCUUACAGAAGCUUGGUCUCACCGAGGAGGGCAAGAAGCGACAAGUUGCGUGAGGAACUCGAAGAAUUUCACUGGACACCUGAUCAAUGCCACAGCGGCGGUGGAUGGUAGUGCAACAGGCCAGACGUUUGUCGUAUUGCAGAGACAAGUUAUUCCUUCGUGCUCCAAUUAGAAUAGAAUGUAACUUUCCUGUGGCAAAUUAAAAACCGAGACAAAAAAUUGGUACCAAUGACAAUAGGCUGUUCUUGAGACUUUCAGUUCAGUUUUUGUUCAUCAGAAAGAUUUUGGAGCGAUCUGUAUUGGGUCUGUCACACAUUGGCAGCUAGCCAGCACUGCAGAUGUUGAGCACGAUGCUUAUCUUUAAGUUAACGAUUCGCAUUUGAUUAUUGAGAUUAUUCCUAGAUAUCACGUUGAUAAUUUUAGUCAAGUGUAGUAAAGAAUAUUAAAAAAAAAAAUCUGCAC